AUGGCAUUCCAAAACAUAGUCACAGGAGCAGAAUGCUCCUCUGGUGCCAAUCCUAUGACACAGAUAAUGAAACAGUUUAACGAAGAUCGAUCGCUUCAGAAGGACGCUUUCAUACCCGCAAGAGAUUCCGUUGGGCCUAGUACGUUUCGCACAGUUAAACAAGAGCUCGCCGGCGAGAACAAGUUCGCCAACGAUUUUUUUGAUCAGCACGAUCAUGGUCAAAUAGUUUCCGUAGAUGCACCUCAUUCCCUGCAUGUAGUCGAGAAUCAACGGCAUCAACUUGCGCAGCCAGAAUGGGUAGCAGAGUUCGAUAGCGCACUAACUGCGGCCGAACACGCUAAAAUGGAGGAGGCAUUUAAACGCAUGAAUGUCGGAGCCUCAUGGCGAGCUGAAUUCGAGAAUCAUUCUCACAUGCCAGGCUUACAGUCUGUAGCAAUGCCUCCUGAGUUUGAAGAAGCGUUUCAAAAGCACUUUGAUUGGUCUAGCCAGUACGCACUUAAACACGAUAAAGGCAAAAGUAAAAUAGUUGAAUUAGAUAAUGUAUCUUGGGAGGAACAGUUCGCUGCAGCACAACGUGAAGCUGAAGAUGUUCAGGCUGAAUCCUUCGAAGAAGAGCUAUCUAGAGAAGACCACAAAUUGUUUGAGGAGGUCUGGUCAAAUGUUAGAGAGUCUUUAGACGAUCCAACUGAUCAUUUGUCAUGGGAGAAGGAAUUUUCUGAAUUCAAUGAACAUGAGUCGGCAAAUCUCGGAGAAUAUGUUUUCGAACCAAAUAACCCUUAUCAAAUGCAUCCUGAUCCAUUAAAAGAGGGAAUUAGGCUGGUAGAGGAAGGAGGUUCACUAUCAGAUGCAGCGCUAGCUUUUGAGGCUGCCGCCCAGAAAGAUCCGACUAAUUCAGAGGUCUGGACAUGGCUGGGUAACACGCAAGCACAGAACGAGAAGGAGGACCCCGCAAUAAAAGCCUUAGAAAAGGCUGUUUCAAUUGAUAGGCAUAAUUUGAAUGCACUGAUGAACCUUGCAGUGAGUUAUACGAAUGAAGGCUACGACUAUCAAUCCUAUCUUACCCUUGAGCGAUGGAUGGCGGUCAAGUAUCCCGAGAUAGCGGCAAGAUCAAUACCUACAGACGUACACCAGAAUGCACAUUCGCGUGUAACCGAAUUGUUUCUUCAAGCUGCUCGCAGUGCGCCUUCUGGACAUGAGAUGGAUCCUGACGUGCAAGUUGGACUUGGCGUUCUCUUCUACAGUAAUACUGACUACGAUAAGGCUGUGGACUGCUUUCGCGCUGCUUUAGAUAGUCGACCGAAAGAUCAUUUAUUAUGGAAUCGUUUGGGUGCUACUCUGGCAAAUUCGGGUCGCUCAGAGCAAGCAAUAGACGCUUACUAUAAAGCACUUGAUUUGAAACCUACCUUUGUAAGAGCACGUUACAAUCUUGGAGUUAGUUGCAUUAAUAUUGGGUGUUAUAAAGAGGCAACUGAACAUCUAUUGGGGGCGUUGAGUAUGCACCAGACUAUUGUUGAUACGAAUGGAGGUGUGAACGUUAGUCGAAGUCUCCGAGACACGCUUCGGAAAACGUUCAAGAUGAUGGAUCGAGAAGAUCUGGCUAACAAGGUCGACGCCGACUUUGACAUUAAUCAAUUUCGCGGAGAAUUUGAUUUCUAA